AUGUUCCUCCAGUCCAUUGCUUCUGCUUCCUCAUGGAAUACACCCUUGACACGCACCAUGUCGGCCUCUCUGCCCUCUAGCUACCGUUCCCUCAAUUUACCCAAUUCCCUGCCCCCGCUGAAUCAGUCGUGUGAGAGUUGUAGGGCGCUCAAAGUACGCUGUUUGCCGGAUCCCAACGUCCCGCGCCAGUGUCAGCGCUGUACCCGCACGAGAAGAACCUGCGUGUUUGCCCGCACGCUCCGACGACAGCCACGGAAGAAGACUGGCUCACGAGUGGCCCAGUUGGAAAGGGAUGUGCGAGAUUUGCGCUCGCUGUUACAUGACCAGAUCAGACAUGAUCCAGACCGGGGGGAGAAGACAGAUGAUGCCGCGGCCGCUGCCACAGCCACCGAUUCUCCGGGGGCGGCUGGCCGCGACGUAGCUUCCUUUCCCGCCCUCUCAUCAUCUAUGCACAUGGAGCUCUCUAGUGUCCACAACACCUCUGCUCAGGGUGACUCAGAUCAGCAUGCUAGAAAUUUACCUGCCGAGACUGCUCCCACCAGCACUAACCCGACCAUGAUGCAGUCGACAGCUGGCUCUGGGGACGUGGUCGAUCGCGGCAUUAUAUCGCUUGACAUGGCGCAAAUGUUGGUCUCAUUCUUUGUCAACGAACAAAUGCAAUUCUACCCAAUGGUUGUGCUGCCACCAAACACAAGUGCGGAAUCACUGCGCAGAACGAGCCCCGUACUCUUCCUGUCUAUUCUAGCUGCUUCAUCAAUGACCUUAAACCCUCACAUUUCGGAGACUCUCAACGAGGAGAUGCUCAAGCUAUUUGCAGAACGUUUUUUCCUCAGGCAGGAGAAAUCAGUGGAGCUGAUUCAAUCAAUCCUCUUGAUGCUUAUCUUCUACUUCCCCCCAAAGUCACGCUUACAAGGCCAAUAUUACCAAUACACACACAUUGCGACCACCAUGACUCUAGAACUUGGUAUAGCAGCCGGACCAGCGGGGCGAAAAAACUACCGUUGUCAUGGCGGGUAUGGUGAUUUACCAGCUUCCAUCCAUAGUGCCCAGGCGCGAGCCGUACUGGGCUGCUAUCACUUCGCGUCCAACAUAGGAAUUCGAACACACCGACCGAAUAUGCUCCGCUUCAACGAUGUGAUAGACGGGUACAUAUGCCACCUCAGAGAAUCUACAAACGGCCUGGACCAGCAAAUAGCGACAUGGUUUGACAUUCAGCGGAUCGUUGACGAUACACUAUGCUCACUGGGCCACGACAAUACCCUAGUGGACGUUAAUUUUCGUGAGUCGCAGAUGCUUCCAAUCCUGAAAUGGUUUGAUUCUCGAAUGUUGCGCUGGAAGAGGACGACCCCGAAAAACAUGCUCACAACAUGGAUGAACCUCGAAUAUCACUACAUGUACCUCGCCAUCUACGAACUUGCCGCUGGUGAAGGCUACCGCGAUCCCGAUGCCCCCACCCGCAAAUAUUACACUCUCCCACCCUUGGAAGGCGACAUGGAACGACACAAAGCAAACGUGCCCUUAAGUGCUGCACGAGUCCAGAUAAUAACGAAGUGGAUGCUUGCCGCCCACCAGAUGUUGGACGCCUUCUUGGAAUGCGACACUUCUACCAUGCGCAAGCUACCUAACAUGACCUAUACACGGAUGGUCCUGGGCAUCUCAUCCCUACUCCGGAUAUAUCACACAGCCCAAUUUGGCCCUCUCGGUGAGGUUAUUACUUCAAAUAUGAUGGACGUUGAUGGCUACCUGGACCGCGUAUCAGAAGCUCUUUCACGAGCGAGUGGAGAGCAGAAGUACCGCGUCCCCAGCAAAUGGUAUCACGUUGUUGCGAUCAAGAAUCGAGAGUGGUAUGAACAGAUCCAGAAACGGAUAAUUGCUCGUCCGGGCGAUACGCAUACCUAUCUACGUGGCGGAGUUCCCCCACCAGCGCCGGGUGUCCCCAUCUUGGAACCUCACAGGGGCCCAGGCUCAGCUGCCAUACUACCCUCACUCGGAAGUGGCAUGACGGGCCCCGCAUAUGCUGAACCGUGGUAUGUAGAUGAUGCCGCAGGAAGGGUUGAUCCGUCACGGCCUUUCCCUGCUAUGAAUGCACCAGUCUUGUAUAUGGGUCAGAUGCAGCCUGUAGAAGGAGAUAUCAAUGAGGCCGCGUUUCCAUUACCGUUGGGUGACGAACCGUGGCGGUUGGAUGAGUCGAUACAGGACAGCGUGACAUUCCCAUAUUGAAGCCGGUAAUGCCCUACAUAUGGUCUCGAUGGCCUGAAGGUUGAUGCCAAUGACUUAUUAAGAUUUGAUAUGUAAAUAAUGACUCCUACGAACAUUCUUAAUCGUCAAAUAACA